UUAUGGGUAACGAACAAACGAAAGAAGAAAAGCACGAGGCUGUCGUACUUCGCAAUCCACAAGUGGGUGUAGCGAAUCCUCUCUACUGGGCUUGUCGAGGAGGGGAUCUCGAUGCUGUGAAGGAAAUUCUCUCUUCUACACCCUUCUCUGAUGUCAAUCAUCUCGAGCCAAAUGGAAGCACAGCUCUACAUGCAGCAUCCUUCUUUGGCCAUGUGGAUGUGGUGAAAUAUCUCCUUCAUGAACGAGGCAUCAUUCGUCAUCGAAAGAAUCGACAUGGCCUUACGGCCUAUCAAGAAGCUUCAACGCAGGAAAUUCGAGAAGUGUUUCAUCGACCAUUUACAAGUAAUCGAUUCGUCGAUGAGAAUAGUGAUGCUCCGCAGCCAUUCACUUUCGCGGAUAGGAAUAACCAAGAAGAAGAAGAAGAACCACCAGAAGGGUGCGCAGAGGGAGAUAAUUUAGCUGCUGUGAUGCUAUUGGAACUAUUGGAAGCUGCUGUGUCAACUAUUGGAAAAAUACAAGAAAACAAAGAAGGUGGAACAUCUCAUUCGACUGUACACUCUGGACGCAGCUUUCUACAACGCAUUGGGACG